GUCGAAUCGACGGCAAGGAGGCAACCAGAUCAGGGGCCCUCGAACAAUAUCUCGGCCGCCCAGAUCCGGGAUGACUACGAACGGCGGCUACGUGAACCCGCCCGCGAGGCAGAGCGGGAGCAACGAGAAAAUGAGGCAGAAGAAGAAGAGUACGACGACGACCAGUCUACUGAAACUCCUGAAGAGAGAAAGAAGCGGAAGCGGAAGGAGGCUGCCACCUUAGCCAAGAUCAAGCAAACCAAGGAAUUCGCACGACGCAAAGCUCGUCGUGCGGGAGAGCCCGAUGACGAUGACGAACUGUUGGCGCGAGAGAUGAUGUACCAGAAAACCCGUCCCUUGCCUGGCCAACUAGAAAAUUGCGAGGUCUGCAGUAAACGCUUUACGGUCUCGCCUUACAGCAAAACUGGCCCCAAUGGAGGUCUACUUUGUGGCAAAUGCUCCAAGGAGAUCGCAAAUGAGGAAAAGAAAUCAAAGCCCAAGAAAACCGGGCCUAAGACUGCCCGUCGGCAAAACCAAAGUAAAAUACUCGAUGGAGUAGCUGCACAAGGCUCCCCAAGUCUGAAAGUCGCCGACAACAUUAAUGAUGUUGAAGAGUUUGGCGACUUGCCCUCGCAGCUUCUUCAUCGUCUCAGCCAGAUUCUGUCCAAGAGACGCGUUCUGACACCCAGGACACUGCAGCUAUUCCUGCGGGCAGAUCUCGAUUCUAUCAACAUUUACGACUGUGGUAAGCUUGAGACGGGUGAUUUCGAAAAGAUAUUUGCAUUUAUGCCAUCGUUGGAGAAUGUCAAUCUUCGGUUCGCUGGUCAGAUCAAAGACAAAGUCUUUGAUUACAUGACACAACGGCAGCUGAAACUCAGGCGGCUGCAGCUAGAUUCUUCCAACCUCGUUUCGGAUAGUUGUUGGAGGCAGUUUUUCAAGACCCUUGGACCUCAGCUCGAAGCACUGCGGCUAUCAAAUCUUGACUAUUCCUUUGAUGACGAGACGGCUGAGAUUAUGAGCAAGAACUGUACCAACCUCCGCCGAUUGAAACUGACUCUAUGCUGGAAACUCACGGACAAGGCGAUUGCCGCAAUUUCCACUCUACCGAAACUAGAGCACCUAUCGCUUGAACCAUAUGAAAUCAUCAAGCCAGAGACGGUAACCAAUCUAAUCGACAAACUCGGGGCUAAUCUGCGCACGCUCUCUCUGAAAAGCUUCCAUGAAGUCAAUGACGUGUCGCUAGAGUCCAUUCAUAAAAACUGCCGUCGGCUUGAGAAAUUACGGCUGAACGAUAAUUCCGUCUGUACGGACAAAGGAUUCGCGAGCCUUUUUACCGGAUGGUCGAACCCGCCGCUGAAAUUCGUCGACGUCUCGUCUACCAGAGAUGUUGAUAAUGCCAAUCCAGAAGGACCCGAAGAGCCGGUGGGACUUGCAUCGGAUGGGUUCAUCGCCCUGAUGAAGCACUCGGGUUCUCGACUGGAGUCGCUCGACAUCAGCUCCUGUCGCCAUGUGUCUCGCAGUGCCUUUGAAAGCGUCUUCUCCGAGGGCCAGACAUAUCCAUGCCUAAAAGAUUUAGAUAUUACAUUCCACACGGUCGUGGACGGCUUUAUUGUGUCGUCUAUAUUCAAAUGCUGUCCGUCAAUCAAGAAGCUUACGGCGUUUGGUUGUUCCAAUGUCGGUCACGUCAAGGUUCCGGCUGGAGUGGCGCUGGUUGGCGGUCUCCGGGCCCAGGAUUCAAUCGUUGUCGAAGGGGACUAUGGAAUGGCAUGA